UGUUCCCCGCCCCCGCCCCGGCCACCGCUGCCGCCGUCGCCGCAGCCAACGGGCUAUAAAAACCGGCCGAGCCCCGAAAGGUGCGGAUGCUUAUUAUAGACCGACGCGACACCAGCGCCCGGUGCCAGGUUCUCCUCUGAGGCUUUUCGGAGCGAGCUCCUCGAAUCGCAUCCACAUUCUGGGGGCCGAGGGAAGGAGGACCCUGCGAAAGCUGCUAUUAUCCUCUUCCGGGGCCAUGGACUCGGACGCCAGCCUGGUGUCCAGCCGCCCGUCAUCGCCAGAGCCCGAUGACCUUUUCCUGCCGGCCAGAAGCAAGGGCAGCGGCGGCGGCGGCUUCACGGGGGGCACCGUGUCCUCGUCCACGCCGAGCGACUGCCCGCCGGAGCUGAGCGCCGAGCUGCGCGGCGCCAUGGGCUCGGCGGGCGCGCACCCUGGGGACAAGCUGGGAAGCAGCGGCUUCAAGUCAUCGUCGUCCAGCACCUCGUCGUCCACGUCGUCGGCGGCCGCGUCGUCCACCAAGAAGGACAAGAAGCAGAUGACGGAGCCGGAGCUGCAGCAGCUGCGCCUCAAGAUCAACAGCCGCGAGCGCAAGCGCAUGCACGACCUCAACAUCGCCAUGGACGGCCUGCGCGAGGUCAUGCCGUACGCGCACGGCCCGUCGGUGCGCAAGCUCUCCAAGAUCGCCACGCUGCUGCUGGCACGCAACUACAUCCUCAUGCUCACCAACUCCCUGGAGGAGAUGAAGCGUCUCGAUGUCGGAGGAAACCCACGCCCUCUAAGAACCGUGGCCUCUCCUCCCUGUCUCUCCUGUUGAUUCAGGGGUAUGUGGUUUUCUAAUAAAUCCGUGGGUGUUCCUUUUUCAACAGUAUGAGCGAGCUCUGUAGACGCUCAGAGAGCCACCUGUGGAUCGGAAUAACCCGAAACUGCCGAUUCUCUCGGUUAUUUUAAAAUAGAAAUCACCAUCCCUCCCCCUUCUGUCCUUCUCUGAGCACUGAUUUGGUUAUUUUGGUACCUGUGGACUUGGCAGAAUUAAAAGGCAGUUGCUGCGAACACUGCUUGGGUGAUCUGGGGAGGGGGGAGGUUCUGUUGACUUUUUAAACAUUUCUUGGCUGUGUAAAUAUCGUGUCAAAUGCGGUAAGUGCGCGAUGCGAAGCUGUUUACUCACGUGGCUGCCAGCCCUACCGGAGUCCAGGCCAGCUCGCGCCUCUCGAUUUUGGUUCUUUUUCCACGUUUAACACGCGCGGGCGGCUCCUCCACGUGUUUCCCGCUCCCGUGCGCCCCGCCUCGGCACCGCCUGCGCGGCGGUCCGGGCUUCUGAGCGUCUGCCGGUAACAUCCGUCCUCAAUCGCGCUGCCCCUCGCAAAGAGUGUAUCAUCUGUUUUAUUUUUGUAAAAAACAAAGUGCUAAAUAAUAUUUAUUACUUGUUUGGUUGCAAAAACGAAAUAAAUGAUCGAGUGUUGAGAUUUUAAAUAAAACGUCAAGUAAGG